CUGUACAGCACCAGUACGUAACCAAGAGCUUCCACGACAGUAUCAUGCGCCCAUGAAACCACCACGCUGCGCAGGCUGCUCGUUAUUUCCUGGGGUCAUCUCCAGCAUUCAUGGUUAAGCCCUCGUAACGCAAGCCAGCAACUUGUUGAGGCCGGCACAUGGUCGCGAUGCUCUCCGCAUUUACAGCUCGGCCUAUUGUCGAGCUGAAGCAAAGAGACAAAUCCAAGAUCGAGUCCAUAUCAGCAUAUGGUGUGUGCCAUGUGUAAUAGCAUCAAAAAUGUGAGGCUAAUGUUGUGCAGGCGACCGUCUUCUGGUUGGACUGAACACCGGGAGCCUUCGAAUAUAUCGUGUCAAUCAGUUACCAAAGGACGAGGAUAGGGAAAAUGGAGCUGCAAAUGCAGAUGGAAGCGCCGACUCUCUCCCCUCUCCCAGGUCUGCCCCGAAACCGGUAGAUCUUCUGCGAGAGAUAGAGAAGUUUUCGACGAGAAGCAUUGAACAACUGGCGCAGAUCAAAGAGGCUAACACCCUCAUUUCCCUGUCGAAUUACUAUGUCUCUUUACAUGAUUUACAGUCCUAUACCCUGCAAGAGCAGUUGACGAAAACGAAAAAUGCCACUACAUUUGCCGUCACUUCGAAUAUUGUAAAAGAUUCUGCCAGUGGGAUACCGGAAAUUAUAUCCAGACUUGCGGUAGCGGUCAAGCGGAGGUUAUUACUAUGGUCGUGGCACCAGUCAGAGUUUGAAACAGAUGUUGUUGAGAUUACACUGGCCGAAUCGAUACGGACCCUCACUUGGACUUCGGCGACGAAAAUAAUAUGUGGUAUGAAUUCUGGCUAUGUGAUAGUCGAUGUUCUCACUCAGGAAGUGGAAGAUAUUGUUGGUCCCGGGGCUAUCGGUGGUGCUGCCGGCCCACAGGGAGGGCGGUUUGGAGGUGUUGGGUCUGCAAGUAUGGGGUAUAUGGGUUUGGGUGGAUAUAUUCCAAAGCCCCUAGCCGCAAAGCUUGCUGAUGGCGAGAUGCUCCUCACCAAGGACAUAAAUUCUCUGUUCAUUACCUCAGAAGGCAAACCUGAACCAAAAAGACAAAUACCGUGGCAAUCCGCCCCUGAAGGUAUAGGGUAUUCAUAUCCCUACAUCUUAGCACUACAGUCGCCCUCCAAGGGAGCAUUGGAAGUCAGAAAUCCAGAUACAUUGUCAUUGUUGCAGACCAUCACGCUUCCCAAUGCUAGCCAACUACACUUUCCUCCACCAAAUAUUAGCCUGCCACAUCAAGCCAAGGGGUUCCAUGUCUCUAGCGAUAGAUGUAUUUGGCAGAUGGGAUCUACUGGCUAUGAUUCUCAGGCGGAUGAACUUGUGGCACACGGACUCUAUGAUGAGGCCAUAAGCGUCCUUAAUAUGCUGGAAGAUGCUCUUGUACAAAACAAGGGAGAAAGACUGAGGGAAAUUAAAAUGCAAAAGGCACAAGUCCUCUUUGAUCGUAGGAAAUAUCAAGAUGCUAUGGAUAUAUUUCUUGCCGAUGAUGUCCAAGCUCCACCUGAGAGAGUCAUCAGGCUUUACCCACCAGUUAUUGCAGGCGAUUUAUCAUCGCCAGAAGAACACCAUACCGAAAACGAAGCGAGUGGUGAGGAUGGAAGUGACGAAGCUAACGGAGAGUCUUCUCAAGGAGAGGACAAACUCGAUGCGGUGGGCUCACCAAAGCCUGCUGCUAUUAGCAAAUUUCUCAAAUCCCAUAAUCACAAGACAGGUUCCGAUACAUCCUCAAUACGCUCGUUCGUCAGGCUAGAUGGUGCUAAUGGAAGCGAUGCUGGGGGCAGACACACAGAGGAUGGACCUUUGGAAGGAAAGGAUCUUGAGAAAGCAGCUCUUGAACUCAACCAUUUUCUGGUCCAAGCGAGAACCAGGAUGAAGAAAUGGAUCGACGCCGAAACAGGUAAAAUAUUACCUCGCGACACUACAAAUGGCCAGAAUGGAGCAACACAACCUGCGUUUGAAUCAUUUCUUGUCGCCCCAGCAUCAGAUGCUGAGAAGGAUCGAGAACAGAAGCUGCGGGAAACGGCAAAGCUUAUCGACACUACACUAUUUCGUUCAUACAUGUUGGCUCGCCCACAGUUAGCUGGAUCACUCUUUCGUAUUCCAAAUUUCUGUGAUCCUGAUGUGAUUAAUGAAAAACUCUUGGAGACUGGAAGAUACAACGAUCUCGUGGAUUUCUUCCACGGCAAGAAACUUCAUCGACCGGCCUUGGAACUACUCAAAAAGUUUGGUAUGGAUGAGAAAGACAAGGAUUCUCCUUUGCAUGGUCCUCGAAGAACGAUUGGGUACUUGCAGAACCUUCCUCCGGAAAUGAUUGAUCUCAUUCUUGAAUUCGCCGAAUGGCCACUAAGAGCAGAUCCAGGACUUUCAAUGGAGGUUUUCCUCGGAGAUACAGAGAAUGCGGAAAGUCUGCCCAGGGAUCGAGUUGUCAAGUUUCUAGAGGGGGUGGAUACUGCUCUGGCUGUCAAAUACUUGGAGCAUAUCAUAACAGAAUUGAAUGAUCUGACGCCUGAGUAUCACAAUCAAUUAGUUUCGGCUUACUUGGACGAGUUGAAGGGCUUGAAGAAACGAGAUUCGGACCAUGGAAAGAACCUUAUGACCAAAAUCAUAGCGUUUUUACGAUCAAGCAGGCAAUAUUCAUUCACAAAAGCAUUUGGAAAUAUGCCCAAAGAUGGUCAGUGAAUAAACUGGAAUUUGAGAUUGCCCGUACUAACGCAUCUCUAGAUCCCGACUUUUACGAGCCACAAGCUAUCGUUUUGAGUAACAUAGGAUCACAUAAACAGGCACUCGAAAUUUACGUUUUCAAAAUGAAGAAUUUUGAGAAAGCGGAAGAGUAUGAUCUUCCUUUCUCUUCUUUCUUCCACAAUUGCUGAUAACUGCUAGGUAUUGCAACCAUGUCCAUCUUCAAUCAGAUUUGCCGUCACCGCAGCGAGCAUCGACCUCAGAACCGGAUGACCCCAUACCUUCCAUCUAUCAUACACUGCUAUCCCUCUAUUUGACACCUCCGCCACCUCAUUCCUCUAAUUGGCUGCCUGCUCUAGACCUGCUUUCUAAACAUGGUUCACGUCUCCCCGCAUCCUCGACUCUGAGCCUUAUUCCAGAAACCUUGCCUAUCGCAGAACUCGAAUCAUAUUUCAAAGGGCGCAUACGAAACGCAAAUUCGAUUGUCAACGAAUCCAGGAUAGUUGUGGGGAUGCGCAAGAGCGAGGUUGUCAAUGCGCAGGCUGGACUACUCUUAGGUGAUCGCAUACAAAACGGCAAAGGAGGACGGAGUAGAGGAGUGUUUGUUGAAAAGGAGAAGGUCUGCCGCGUCUGCCACAAGAGGUUGGGUGGAAGCGUUAUUGCGGUACUACCCGACAAUGGAGUGGUGCAUUACGGAUGUUUGAAUAGGGCGGACAAACGACCGGCGGGCAGUGGUAUGGAGGCCUUGAGAUCGGCCUCUUGGAGGUGAUGCCAAUAUAUGAAUUUCUCAUACAAAAUCUUAACAUAGC